AAAUAAUCCCAACCAAGAUUAUUGGACCCACCAAUAAUCUUGGCUAGGAUUAUUGGACCCCCAAUAAGUUGGCCAACCCAACUUAUUAGGGUGACCAAUAAUCGUGGUCACCUCCCAACCAAACCCCCCCUCCUACUCCUCACCUCUGUAUACCCGCUCCUUUCCCAAUACAAUGACCUACUUUUUACUGUCACGAUUUCUCACACACGACCCACAGCCUCACCGCUUCCACCACCACGCCCACUCCUGCCGCUGCGAGUCUGAGCUACUGCCGCGGAGGAGGAGGGCUGGUGAAAGAGCUCGGCCUCGGUGUUGAUGCUCCACUGCACUGGGCAACCUUGGCGGGGGUGUGGUGCUGUGAGAUCAGCCGCAUGUAGGCGAGCUUGUGGGCAUCAAUGGCGGGCGAGACUCUUGAGGAGUUGGCAGCAGAGGUGCAUCGAGGUAAGCUACGUCAAACACGGCAAGACGACGGGCAAGAUCGAGGACGUGGCGGGUGAAUGCAGAGGCGCGAGUGGUGGAGUCCAUAGUGAGGGAGUUGAACUCCUUGAUGAGGGAGUAGAGGGUGGCAACAUCCUGAUGAUCAAAGAGAUUGGCCAGGAGCUGCCACGGGUGGGAGGAGGAGGUGGGAGCUUGAGGGAGGAGAGAAUGGUGGCAAGGAGGAUUGCAAGCGCUCGACGAUCAGGGACAUGCCAGGCGGCUAUGCUGGUGGUGUAGGUGCGCAGGUGGGUAGUGUAGGUGGUGAACUCCUCCUGGUACGCGACAUAGCGUGCGACUGCGAAGUCGUAGUCGGCCUUGGCGGCUUCGUAGAUCAGCCGCAGGCGGAGGUGCUUGAUGAGGCUGUUGCAGUAGAUGCGGAUGGCAAUCUUGGCGCCCUGAGCACAACUGCUUGAACACAACGGCUUUCACGUUGUAGCCGCCAACCACCACCGAGGAGAGGAGCACCUUGACCGACUGGGCUUUGGAGUGCCGGUUGGCGGCAGUGUUGUCGGGGAGGAGUUCGAGUGCGUCAACCGCGGCAAGGUUGACGGGCGAGUCGGAGGAUGCCAUGCCGGGGGAGGAGUGAGAAAGAGGAGGGGAGGAAGGAGGGAGAAGGAGUGGGAGGAAGGAGGGAGAAGGAGUGGGAGGAAGGAGGAAGGAGGAAGGAGGAGGAAGAGGAGGUGAAAAGAGCAGGUGCGCAGAGCUCAGCUCUUAAGCCGAAGGCGCUGCACAAUGUGUAGCAUUUGAGGAUGCGGUGCAAUCGCGGGCGUGGGCACCGGCGAGAGGCGCAAGCUCGGACACGGCGGCGGCAGAUGCAAUGGCAGCGAGCAAUGGCGGACGCGGCGAGCGCGGCGACGGGGGACACACCUGGGAGGGCGCAUGACGGGAGUGCGAUGGAAGGAGGCGCGACGAAAGUGUGCAGCAGAGUGGUGAAGAAGGGCACUCGGGUGAAUGUCACUCAGUCUUCCAGCAGUGGGGAGUGCUCCUCCUGGUACUGCACUGCUCAGGGCGAGAGCUGCUCAUCUCUGCAGGCCGCGCUGUCGCUGGACGCCUCCUCCCUGGCUCUCUUCAACCCGGGCCUCGACUGCUCCUCGCCCCUCCCUUUACCCCCCGCCACUACCGUGUGUGCAUCCACGGGUGGCAGUGCCCCCACAGCCUACCCUCUCUGCACGCGCUGGGUGCUCUCUGCUCCAGAUGACACCUGCGCCUCUCUCGCCGCCCGCCUCGCCCUCUCUCUGCCGCUGCUGCUCGCCCUCAACCCAGGCCUCCUCUGCUCCAACCUCCCUGUCCGCACGCCCGCCACCCUGCCCUCCUUCGGGGAACAGGUGUGCGUCAGCCAAGCCCCACCAAGCCUCGCCUGCGCCGAGCCCAACUACCGGUUCGAGGUGGUGGCUGGGGACACGUGCACGGCUCUGAUUGCGCGGCGGUUUGGGUGCGUGGAGGCCCUGCAGAACCUCAACGCGGGGCUCGCCUGCUCUGACCGCCUGCUGCAUGUGGGGCUCACCCUCUGCGCCCCGCCAAUGCCCUUAGAGGCCUGCCUCGCCCUCAAGGCUCUCGCAGCCUGACUGACCUUGACACCUUUUUGUUCAUGGGAAAAGCAAUGGGUCUCUCUGCUGUCCCUA